AUGGGCAAGAAUACUGAUAAAUUAUAUAUAACACACUCUGAGUGGUCUUCAGGAGGGUUUUCUGGAAGCUCUGGGAAGUCAGGUUCAGGGCUGACUACUGCUGUUGCUCGUACAGUCAGUGCUCUUCCUUUUUGGACAUGUAGCAUCAGUCAACAGCCGAUUCAGAAAGAUGCUGGAAUGGCUGAUAUUCAUGGCAAUGUUUAUGAUGUGAGAAAUAUUCUGCCAUAUAUCAGGAAGAAUGGUGUGAAUCCUGUGACUGGUGAAAAAAUGACAAACAAAGAUCUGAUCAAACUGCGUAUCGAGGUUAACAAUGAGGGAAAGUACAUUGAUCCUAUGAGUUUCAAGGAAUUCCAGACAUUGAGUAAGGUUGUGCUAAUAAAACCAAGUGGCAGAGUGUAUUUCGAAGAUACUGUAAAGGAACACAACAUUCAAGCCAAGUAUAUGAAGGAUCUUGUAAGCGAUGAAGACUUCACAAAGGCCGAUAUCAUCAGGCUUCAAGGAGGAGUAGGUAUCUCAACCAAGGCCAAUCAACAGCCCAACGGACAAUCAGCAGCUAAAUCAGCAGCUCCAUCUGAUAGGAAAUCAACUUCCAAUGUCAAAGGAAAUGGAUCAAUCCUAAAAACAAGUGAACCUUCGACUUCUCGUAUCACAAACAAAGUCAUCACUACGAGUAAACCACAUAGUAUGCUGACUACACAUCACAUGGCCAGUUCGUUGACAUCGACUGCAAUGGAUCCCUCGACAAAAUCCACGUUCACUGACAUACCCAUUGAAAAGCUUCUCAAACAAAAAAAGUUUCUGGAACCUGGGUAUGCCAGCAUUGAGACAUCCUUAGGAACUCUCAACAUAGAGUUGUAUCCCAAGUACUCACCUAAAGCGGUCUACAACUUUGUGGAACUUGCUAAACAAGGAUACUAUAAUGGAAUUAAAUUCCACAGAAACAUCAAGCAUUUCAUGAUUCAAACCGGUGACCCUACUGGAACCGGCAGUGGAGGCCGUAGUGCCUUUCCUGAGGGCAAACCGUUUGCCGACGAAACAAACACCCCACUCAAACAUGACGAGCGAGGAAUACUGUCCAUGGCCAACAAAGGCAAAAACACAAACACCUCACAAUUCUUCAUCACGUACCGUCGAACUCCUCAUCUCGACGGCAAGCACACUGUAUUCGGAAAAGUAGUUGGAGGACUUAGUGUUCUCGACGACCUCGAAAGAGUUCCUGUCACCACCAACGACGUUCCAACACGCACAAUAACCAUGGACUCGGUCAAAAUUCUCGUCGACCCCUUUGCCAAGGGUCUCUACGACGAAGACCAGAAACCAACCGAGACCAAACAGCCAUCCGACGACCUCGACGACACUCCCUGGCUCCAAAAGAAAUCUCUAACCGCUGACGGUUCACCUGUCAUCGGCAAAUAUCUCAAAAGAGCACCAGCAACCGGUGCCGCACCCACUCCAAACGAUGACGAGUCCCGCAGAAAGCGGGUCAAAACCAACAUCGCCAACAGCAGCUUCGCCGGGUGGUAG